AUGGUGGGUGCUUCUUUUGUUUAUACCAAUCCGAACUUGGUAGUGACUAUACUAUUGGAACCUAGUGUACAAGUUUCACCCGUAUUCGAUGGUUUCAAAACAGCUGUCAUUGAACUAUAUGCUGCAACUAUCUUAUCGAUGAAGGAAGGCCAGCCACGUAAUAAGUGUGGCGCAUUUGAGGCGCAUUUACUUCCUUCUUCAAGCUUCUCUUCCGACAAUGGAGGUGUGGCGACAAUGGAAUCAGUUUCACCAUUAACAGCUUUAGGAUCUUCAAAGCUCAAGCUGUGUGUGUUCAUAAAUCUUUUCAUGAUCUGCCUUCUCUGUGCACAUUCAGUCGUCGAAGGUGGAUCGAUUGGACCUCCAUCAGCUUCGAUAGUUACGCGUCGUCGUGCGAGUUUAAAUUUAUCUCAACAAGAAACUGUACCACAAGACGCCGACCAUGCCCAGGGAGCAAGCAAGCGUAAGAGUGGUGCAGCAAUUCGGGCAGAUGGACGUGGGAAACGUGCAAAAAUAAUCGGACCGCCUGAAAAUAUCGGGGCAAAAACCGAUGAUGCAUUCCCGACCAUCCACACAAGAACGUCACCAGCCAUAUUUGUGAAGGCGGUGUCCAGUUUGUCCGAAGACCAGAAACGUGCAGUUCACGAGAUGGGAUUUGGAUGCUUGCUCGAUUUGACGAUAACAGCAACCCCAGCCAAAAUGGGAUACUGGCUGGUCAAUAAUUUCAACCAUAUGGACCGAAAGCUGCAAUUGUAUGACGGGGGAAAGGUCCAUGUGAAGGAGAAUGAUGUGUACAGUGUGUUGGGGCUGCCCCGUGGAUCUAUCGAGAUUGCGAACAGGAAGAAAAAUACGGAGUCGGGAGUGUUAAAUGAACGGGCUAACAUGUAUGGUGUCAGUGUUGCGAUCAAAAUCACAGCUACCAAGGUGUUGGAGAUGAUUCAAGAUUGUGAGAGAAGCGACGAUUGGUUCAAGCGUCACUUUGUUGUUCUUAUGGUUACGUGUCUCUUCGAGAGUUCCCAGAAUGGCGUGGCAAACUUGCGCACAGUUCACUUGCUCGAUGAUUUGUCGAACCUGUUUUAUGUCGACAAGGUGGUGCUGUCAUAUAGAACCGUAACGAGAUCACUACCGGUUUUGAAAUCAUGGAACAACUUUAUGCUGAAAGCGAGAGAGGGGGAUGAGAUAGUGGCUGGUGCGUUUGGGAGAGGAUAUGUGGAUGACGAUGUACAUGUGGAUGAUGCUCGUCACCGUGCCAAAAUAGACAUUGGCAGUCCCAAUGGCAACGACAUGAACCGUGCAUCAAAACUCAGUGUCCAGACGUUUAUGCAGGAAUUCGCAUCAAAGACACGUGUUCUUGCCAUGGCCGGCAUUGAAAUUAUACAAUUGGUUGAGAAUGCACCGCGAGACCUGUUGGGUGACGAUAAUUUCACGAAAAUGCAAGGAGCGGUACAGAAGUUGCUUGGGAUUUGCAAUGAAGAUUCUAAAGGGAAGGGCAAACAACAUAUGCCUGAUGAACCUAGCCAGCAUGCGACUCGUGAUGAUGGAUCACCCUUUAAGGCCCCAACUCAGAUUGUUGAUGACGAUUUCUGGAAUGAUCCCGAUAACAUAGCUGCUAUAGAUGCGAUCGUUGAUGCUGUUGCACGUCGUGACCAUUUCAAACGGAUGCACUACGACGGCCCCAGCUACAACUUGGGAUUGGGUCUUUCGUCGGAUGAAGAGGAAGACGACAUGGACAUAGAUCACCCUGAUUGUGAUGCGGUGGUUAAUGAACCGGUCGUUGAUACGGGUCGUGAUCGUGUGCAAGGUGUCGGUGGUGAUACGAUUGUUGAUGUUGUUGACUCUGUGUCCGGUGAGUAUAUUGUGAAGAGGGAUGUGGUGGCAUGCUUGGCAUCGAAUAUGCCAAUCAACGAGGCACAUAUUGAUCUGUGGGCUCGUAUAAUGAACUGCAAUGAGAAGAUCGGGAGUCAUGGUUCAGUACUGUGUUUCUUCGCAACCACGCAUCCGUGUAAUGAGCUUUUUUUCAAGGGAAAGAGAAAGAAGAACGUAAGUUACAAGAACUUUGUGGAGAUGCUAGAUGGAGAUAUGAAUCGAACGUGUGUCUACAACCGGAAGAAAGUUUCAAUGUACGUGUUCCCCGUACACUCUGGUGGCUUUAGUGGGUUGAUUUGCAUUUUGCCGGACAACUGGAAGAUACAUAUCCUAGAUAAUGCUUGCUUAUGUAAAGACGCCUCCAUCAAGAAAUCCUUCGCGUCGCUUGCUAGGAUUUUGCGUGUAUACUUGUUGCAGCAACAAUCACUUGCGAAGUACAUGGCACAGAUGAGUAUGUCGAAAUCGUCAAAGUCGGUCGCGCUCUCGAUUCUGGACUUCAUUGAUUUGCCGUGGACUGAUGGUGUCGACGACGUAGAUGCCGGCGUCCUAACAAUGCGUCACAUGGAGACAUUCAAAGGACGUGUUACGGAAGGCUGGAACCCGGGUGUGAAGAAGGCUGACAAGAGGCAGAUCGACCUCAUGAGGAAGCGCUACUGCUACGUCAUUGCGUUUGCUCCAUACAACAAGGUGAAAGACGCUAACCUCCUUGAAUCAAAGAGGUCUGCAAGGAAGAAAGGCGGUGUUGUGUGA